UGGCGGGCGGGUCGAAAAGCGCGGAGUCACUGCUGCGGAGUGGGGGGGAGCGGAAUUUGCGGGCAGUUGGAAAGCCCGCGAAAUGCUCCUUCCGGCUGCGAGGCUGUAGUGGUGCUCUCCCGCACCGGGAAAAAGAGGAAGUGUUCUCCUCGGGGCUCCGCCUUUUCAUGCCAAUAUCCGAGCUCCACGCAGUUUCUCUGCGCGGACUCUCGCUCGCGCUCCUGCCUCUGUGAGAGGGGGCACUGUGCCGUUUGCCCCUCUGUGUCUCUGGCCUUGUCAGACUCCGCUACGUCGUCGCUAGGCUCCCUCCCUCAGUUCCCGACCCCUCCCACCUCCGCCGCGCCCUCCUCGGGGGCCGAGGGAUUCCCCUCGCGGCGCGCAGUUCCAUCCUUGGCCGCCCUGGACUAUAUUUCCCGGCGGGCCGAGCGGCCGGCGCCGUGGCUGCGGUCAAAUGACCGGGUCGCCUGACCCUCGUUGAGUCAGGGCCCGCGGGCGGGGCGGCGCUGGCCGCUGCACCUCGUCCUUGGCUCCUGAUCCCCCUCGCCGGUCCCUCAACCUGGGCAGCUACAUCUUUGGCGCCUCUCCGGGUGUCGGGCACUUCCCCACUCGGAUCGUACCCUUGGAAUGUCCUGACUUUGCCCGCGGGGAGAACUUCGGCUGCCUCGCUCGGGGUCUGCCGCGUCUGACCAUCUCAUUUCUUUCUCCAGGACUGUCAGCGAGUUCACCCCGACGACAACUGACGGCCCUGGGCUGCUGCUGGUCUCCGGCAGAGUUGAGACAAAAUGUCCCCGGAAUCUAAAAAGCUUUUCAAUAUCAUUAUUUUAGGAAUUGCCUUUAUGUUUAUGUUCACGGCCUUUCAAACUUGUGGAAAUGUGGCGCAAACUGUCAUCCGAAGCUUAAAUAGCACAGAUUUUCAUGGCAGUGGAUAUACCAGCCUGGCAAUUAUUUAUGGAGUGUUUUCUGCUUCGAAUUUGAUUACACCAUCAGUGGUUGCCAUCGUAGGACCUCAACUCUCUAUGUUUGCUAGUGGUUUAUUUUACAGCAUGUACAUUGCCGUUUUUAUCCAGCCUUUCCCAUGGUCCUUCUAUACAGCCUCUGUUUUCAUUGGAAUUGCAGCUGCUGUACUUUGGACAGCACAAGGAAACUGCCUUACGAUAAAUUCAGAUGAGCACACUAUUGGGAGGAACAGUGGAAUUUUCUGGGCACUCUUACAGUCUAGCUUGUUCUUUGGAAAUCUCUACAUAUAUUUUGCUUGGCAAGGGAAAACGCAGAUAUCAGAGAGUGACCGAAGAACUGUAUUUAUUGCCCUGACAGUGAUUAGCCUUGUGGGGACAGUUCUUUUCUUUCUCAUUCGGAAACCAGAUUCUGGAAAUGUCCUGGGAGAAGAUGAAUCUUCUGAUGACCAAGACCUGGAAGUCAAUGAGUCUGCCCCAAACACUAUGACAAAGGCAGUAGAUGCAUUUAAAAAGUCUGUUAAGUUAUGUGUCACCAAGGAGAUGCUCCUUCUCAGUAUUACAACUGCUUAUACAGGUCUGGAAUUGACUUUCAUCUCUGGUGUAUAUGGAACCUGUAUUGGCGCUGUAAAUAAAUUUGGAACAGAUGAGAAAAGCCUCAUUGGACUUUCUGGAAUUUUCAUUGGCAUUGGAGAAAUUUUAGGUGGCAGCCUCUUUGGCCUACUGAGCAAGAACAAUCGUUUUGGGAGAAAUCCAGUUGUGCUGUUGGGCAUCCUGGUGCAUUUUGUAGCUUUUUAUUUAAUAUUUCUCAACAUACCUGGGGAUGCCCCUGUCGCCCCUGUUGGAGGAACUGACAGCAGUGCUUACAUCAAAUCCAGCAAAGAAGUUGCCAUCUUCUGCAGUUUCCUGCUGGGUCUUGGAGACAGCUGCUUCAACACCCAACUGCUUAGCAUUUUAGGUUUUCUCUAUUCUGAAGACAGUGCCCCAGCCUUUGCAGUCUUUAAGUUUGUUCAGUCCAUUUGUGCAGCUGUGGCAUUUUUCUACAGUAACUACCUUCUCCUUCAUUGGCAACUCCUGGUCAUGGUGAUCUUUGGGUUUUUGGGAACUGUUUCGUUCUUCGCUGUGGAGUGGGCUGCCACCAUUGUGGCCCGGGGCUCUGACUACCGAAGUAUUUGAUCCGGGGCAUCUGUGAGGUGGUAUGCAUUUCCAGACAGCACAGCCGAAGGACAGAACUUGGUUGAAGAAACCACCUUUCAUUUUCACUGUAUAUUGGAUGCUAUUUAAUAUGGGAAAUCAGAGAAUUAAGACUGCUAAAUCUGCCAGAGUUGGUAUUCAAGUUUACAGAUAUUAGCUGUUUAAAACAAGUCGAAUAAGGGAAAUUUGUUCUGUCAAUUAUAAUUGUUUGAAGAUGUUGUUUUUCAACUCAUCUAUCCCAAGUUCCCUGUAAUCAUGUUACAGAAUGUAAAUGUUUUCCUCUACCUCCUGUUCUCAUUGAGAGAUCCUGCCUUGAUUCAAAAUACUAGGCCAUAUGUCAUAUAACUAUUCUUGCUGGGUGUGGAGUAUGUGUUACUAUGUAAUAACAGGAAGCAUAUGCCACUCCACAUAUGUGUGUGGGAAUGACAUUUAAAUAAAUCACAAGAUGCUGAAGCAGAAUACUAUCUUUGAAAAGAUACGCACUUUCUUCCUCUAUAGAUAUUUUGGUUUAAUUUUCUUACCUUGUUCAGAGCAAGGAGUGACUUAAGUUUUAUAAGAUGAGGUAAAAAUUGUCUUAAGUCUUAAAAGCAGGAAUCUAAUACAUAUAAAUGAACAAAAACACACUUGAAAAACAUAUACUAGAGGAGGAUUUUUGUUAGUAAUUUUCCAAAAGAUGCAAUGCAAGGCAAAAAAAAGUGAGAUCUGAGCUGUGGUAUCAGGCUGCUGUCGCACAGCAGGUGCCGUUCCGUACAUGUAUCUGGGAAUGGGGUGUAACUGUUUGGGGAGAUGUUUAAAUUGAAAUGUUAACUUUCCUUCAUAAGAGGUUUCUUAAAAUUCUUUUUUAAUUGACAUACAAUCUAGAAACCAUAAAAGUCACCAUUUUAGAGUGUACAACUUAGUGGUAUUUUCAGUAUAUUCACAAAGGUAUACAACUAUCACAUGGAUCUAAUUCCAGAACAUUUCGUCACUCCAAAAAGAAACCCCUCUGCCAGACAGCAGUCAUUCCCCAUUGUCUGGCCUGACCCUAGCAACCACUAAUCUACUUUCUGUCUCCAUGUAUUUGCCUGUUUGGGACAUGUCACAUAAAUGGGAGAGCUCACUUUUAAAUGUGAUAUUUAAUUGUACAUGUGAGUUUUAUGGCAAAAUACAUUUAACCAUAGGACAAGAAAUACCUUGUUUUCCAUUGUUUCUUAAAAGCCUGCUAGAAAUUUGGAAAUUUCAGUUGUCUUAAAAGUUCAAAAAAAUUCAGUAGUGUGUGAUUUUCAGACUUUGUGGCAAGUGCAGGGAGUCAGCUAGAAUCCUUAGAGAAAUUUCCUUCAUGUGGAGCACUAAACUCUUUUGCUGCAGGUUGUAAAGUUUUGGCUGUCUUUCUUGAAGUGGAGUAAACUUUGUUGUUAGCUGUUCCUAUAUAAAUAAUUUGCAAGUACUAUUUCAGAAUUAACAACAGUGACUUUAUUGCCUCUCUAAGCACAUUAAUAUUUACCCAGGUAACACUGUAUAACAAAUUACCCCAAAACUUGGCCACUUAGGACAACACAUAUUUAUCAUCUCACACUGUCUGUGGGUCAGGAAUGUGGGAGUGGGUAGCCCGGGUCCUCUGCUCAGGGAGUGUCACGAGGCUGCAGUCCCGGUGUUGGCUGGGCUCAACUAGCGGGGGACCCGCUGUCCCACUCACUCAGGCGGCUGUUGGCAGGAAUCCAUUCCUCGUAGGCUGUUGGGCUAAGGGUUGUAACUUCUCAUGGCUGUUGGCUGAAGGCCACCCUCUGUGCCUUGUUACAUGGUGCUGUCCUCAGGGCAGCUCACAACAUGGCAGCUGCUUCAUCAAAGGAAGCAGGCCAGAAAAGCCAGAGAGUGAUAGCAAGACAGAAGUCAUAGUCUUUCACACUUUAAUGUCGAGAACGCGGCAUCCCAUUUUUUGUGUGUUCUCGUUGUUAGAUGCAAGUCACUAGUUCCAGCCCACACUCGGGAAGGGGAUCACACAAGGCAGUGAGCACCAGAGUCCAGGGGCCUUGGUGCUGUCUUACAAGGGUGCUCAUCACACCAGACUUAACCUGUCUUACACUUAAGCUGAGAAGUGGGUCCUGUAGUCCCGCAUCCCUCAUUCUCUUGUGCUCUGAUUGUUCAUAAUGGAGCUGCAAAACACCGGGCUGGGAGAGGCUAACAGGCUUCUGUUAAUGACCCCAAGUACUUUCCUCCAUGGAAGCCAUAGCAUCUUAGCACCACUUGUAGGAUUCCCAGUAACUCCUGUCAAAAGGGAAGUGCAAUGGAGUGAGGUGCAUGCAUGACUGCUGGACUGCCUUCCACUGCUACGUGCUGUAUUAUUCACUUUAAGUUCUGUACUCACGUUUUUUGUUCUAUAGGGUUUUGUUUUCACUCAGUUUUUAUGUCUAUAAUAGUGUUCAUCUCGGUGGGCUCUUUAGAUGGCUGGUAAUAUUAAGCUCAACUCUUAAAUGUUUAUCAUUAUUUGAGUUAAAAUUGAAAUGUGGCAAUGAAAUAAAGAGUUUAGUUUUUAUAUUUAUAA